UGGCCUCGGUGGCUUUGGUGCAGGACAUGGAGGUGGCGGCGGCGCCGGUUAUGGUGGUGCCAUUGCUGGUGGUUAUGGCGGUGGAGGCGGCUCUGGUGGUGGUGGAGGCUAUGGACUGCGGGAGACCAUGGUGUUGUUGGCUAUGGAGGUGGUAGUGGUGGUGGAGAAGGUGGGGGCCUAGGAUAUGGUGGUGCAGGUGGUGGUGGUGGUGGGCAUGGUGGAGGAGGAGGGGCUGGAUAUGGAGGUGGUGGGGAGCAUGGUGCUGGAUAUGGAGGUGGGGGCGGAAGUGGCGGUGGCGGUGGUGCUGGUUAUGGAGCAGGAGGAGAACACGGUGGUGGUUAUGGAGGUGGUCAAGGAGGUGGAGCAGGGGGAGGCUAUGGUGGUGGUGGAGAACAUGGCAGUGGCUAUGGAGGUGGUGCUGGUGCUGGUGGCGGAUAUGGCGGAGGAGAAGGAGCUGGUGGAAUAGGCGGAGGCCACGGUGGUGGUGCUGGAGGCGGGUCAGGUUACGGAGGUGGAGGAGAGCAUGGUGGUGGUUAUGGAGGUGGAGGUGGAGCAGGAAGUGGUGGAGGCUAUGGUGCUGGGGGAGAACAUGGCGCUGGUUAUGGAGGCGGAGGAGGAGCAGGAAGUGGUGGAGGCUAUGGAGCUGGUGGAGAACACGGUGGGGGUUAUGGUGGUGGAGCUGGAGGAGAGCACGGUGGUGGCUACGGCGGCGGUCAAGGUGGUGGAGGUGGUGCUGGCUAUGGUGCAGGAGGAGCUCAUGGAGGAGGAUAUGGAAGUGGGGGAGGAGCUGGGGGUGGUGGGGGCAAUACAGGAUAUGGUGGAGGCAGCGGAGGGGGCUCUGGUGGUGGAGGAGGAUACGGGGCAGGUGGUGAACAUGGUGGUGGUUACGGAGGAGGAGGUGGAUAUGGUGGAGGCCAUGGUGGUUAUGUUCACUAUCAUCCUUGACGUCAAUGGAUUCCCCUGGGGCGUAUCAAGAAUUCAAGAUUCAAUAAUAAGUAAAAUGUGUUGAUCCUAUAAUCAUAUUAAUUAAUAAGAAUAUAUGCUUUUCGCUCUUCGGGCAUUACUAUUCAUAUGUAAUGAAAAUAUGUCUGCCAUAUAUAAUUGCAAUAUCAUGAUAAUAUUCUGAGCUGUUUCAAUAUUAAUAAUAUUAAUAUUUAAACAAAAUAAAUUAUCUCAUUUUA